CAGCAACGACACACUUGACUGACAGUGCAAGCUGUGAAUCGCCGACAUGCUCUCAUAGCGACCAUGCGCCCAAUCCAACGUUGUUCGAUGGACUCUGUCCCUUCUAAUAUACGCAUUAUGAAGGAACUUAGCAGAUCCGAUGCGUCUUCGAUAUUUGAGGUAGAGCUUGACGGGGAGAAAUACGCUAUGAAGCUUUUUCAUGACAAUGGGGACCCAGGGUUUGCCGAGAACGGCCGAGAUCUCAAUCGGUUUCGCUGCGAGCUGAACGCUUAUAUGAAUCUUCGGAAACAUAAUGUUUGCAAGCAGGGAUUCGUUCCGUACUUUCAUGGCCACAUUGAUCGAAUCAAUCCUUCAGCGUUCCAACCAGCUCUCCGAGGUUUUGCUUGCGACAAAUUCCACCCUAGAGCAAUACUGCUCGAAUAUCUUCCAGAUGCCGAGAGCUUAAACUGCGAGAAUUACUCAGAUGCUCGAUACCAGCAUGUAAUAGACGGUAUGAAGCAAAUCCACAAAGCGCAUGUUCACCACCAAGACAUAUACCCUAAAAAUAUUCUCAUUGUUCCUGGUGCUCGGGAAAGGGUGGUCUGGGUGGAUUUUGACGUCGCAACAACCUUUCCACAUCUGGGUCCCAGCGAAAAGCAGUAUAGCGAAUAUGAAGACGAGCUUGUUGCAGGAUUCGGAGAAGCCUUGCGAGAGGAUCAAAAGCAGGGACUUCGUAAAAACACCAAGUUCUACUAGUACGAGUCGACCUGAUGAGCGAACCUUCGGCCUUGAAGACAUGGAAUACAAAAUACCAUCUAUUCGCGACAUGGAUAAUCUAAGAGACAACAUCCUUGUAGGUGGUAAGCUAUGCAAGCCAAGGCCAUCAAAAGAAUCAUUCAAAGUCCUUAAUAGGGAUGCGGAGGACAGUCACGACAAAUGCCAUAUUCUUCAGCUUGGAAAAGAAUUCUUAAAUAGGUUUUAGGUUGGGUGAGUAUGGUGGUAGAUACAGCAGCUUAACCCCGGCUUUAGAGCACAUCUCCUUGAUCUUUUUGGAGGGUUGAAAAGGUGCAU